AUGGCUUUCUUCUUCCAUCUUCACUCUAAACAAAGCUGUACUCCCAUUUUUCCGAAUUUUAUUAUUUUCUUAAUCCUGUUGGUGCUCCCAGUUGCAAGUUCAUUUUCUUUCAAUUAUUCCAUUUUCCCCGCAAACACUCCCAAUAUAACAUUUGAAGGAGAUGCAUUUCCGUCUAACGGUGUUCUCCAACUGACCAAGAAUCAAGCUGAUAAUAAUCUUACAAGAAGUGCCGGCCGUGCCACCUAUAGCCAGCCUGUGAUUAUUUGGGAUGCCAAGACUCGGAGGCUCACAGAUUUCACAACCCACUUCUCCUUUAUCAUUAAGGCGCUUAAUUCUUCUAAUAAUGGUGACGGGCUAACUUUCUUAUUUGCUCCACUUGAUUCAACAAUUCCUGACAACUCAACUGAUGGAUACCUGGCAUUGUUUAAUCCUGAAACAGCGAAUAAUAAGACUGCCAAUCAAAUUGUUGCGGUCGAGUUUGAUAGUUUCAAAAAUUUUUGGGAUCCGAGCUCUGACCAUGUAGGAAUCGACGUUAAUUCCAUUGUCUCAGUAGUGACUUUGGACUGGAAAAGCAGCAUUAAGAAUGGAUCAAGGGCUAAUGCUUGGGUAAGUUACAACUCUGGUACACAAAACUUAAGUGUAUUUCUAACUUUUGAAGAUAAACCUGUCUUCAUUGGGAAUUCCAGUCUUUGCUAUAUUGUAGAUUUGAGGGAAGUUCUCCCGGAACGAGCUAAGGUAGGUUUCUCUGCAUCCACAGGUGAGGCAGUUGAAAUACAUAGCAUUAUUUCUUGGAGUUUUAGUUCAACUUUGGAUGAGACUAGUGUAGAAAAAACCAAUAUUGGGUAA